CACGCCCUUUCGGGCGGUCCGGGGCGACCGAAGCCCGUGAUCUGGUGUGGCGAGGGCGGUGGGCCCCGCCAUGCCCCGGUAUUAUGAAGACAAGCCGGAGGGCGGUGCGUGCUCGGGCGUGAAGGAGGACCUGGGUGCAUGUCUGCUGCAGUCGGCCUGUGUGCUCCAGGAAGGAAAAUCCCCACGGCAGUGUUUGAAGGAAGGCUACUGCAGAGCUUUGCAGUAUUCGUUUUUUGAGUGUAAAAGAUCAAUGUUGGAUGCCAGAUCAAGAUUCAGAGGAAGAAAAGGAUAUUGAUAACAUUAUGUUGGAGGCAAGAUGAAAACCACCCAGGAGUUUCUCUGGUCCUUAACACAAAAGAACCAGAAUGGGAAGCACAGUAGCUGCCGCAUCUGUUCGACCUCCGGGCCAGGUGGUCCUCCUAAGAACACCAGAGAAAUCAGAUCAGUGCCGUUUCUGAAUGCUUCUGCUGGGUGAAGUCAUUUAUAGAAGAUCCAUGGGACUGAACAACUAUGGGCUAAGAACUUACUGUGUUUUGGGAAUUGCCUAAUGGAGAGAUUCUGUUCAAGGAUGACUCUUCAGUCAGAUUCUACAGAAUGCAUACAGGAGACCACAUAAGGUCCGCAUAGAUAGUAACACAGAACCUGCUGCCAGCCUCCUACAACUUGUUUCUGGUUCUUGGUUUCAAUUUUAGGCCAGCCCUCUCCUCAUAAAGGGGUGAUAUCAGCCACAGUCCACAUCCUCAAGAUCUGGGCUCCAAAAAGGAGAGUAUGAGCUGGCCCACAAAUCACACCUACUGAAGCACUAUG